AUGGCGGAUGAUUCACCAACAGGAGGUCCACCAUCGACGAAUGCAUCAUCGGCUGCAAGUCAGACAUCAAAAUUGAAGAGGAGCCGUCCGGAGAGUUCAAGUGCUGCAGCUGAUGCUACUGUAGGUACCGGGAUUGCAGGGGACGGUAAAAAUACGCGAAGGUCGAUAGUUUGGCAUCACUUCACACAGAUUGUGGUCGAAGGUAUAUCCAGAGCCGAAUACAACCAUUGCCAUAAAACGUAUAAAUGUAAUACUCGAAGGAAUGGUACGUCUGUACUUCUUCACCAUAUGUCGGUUUGUAAAGCUCAUCCAAAUGUGACCGAAAAAAAACAAUCGAAAUUGAAUUUGCAAUCAAUAGCAGAGGGUGAUGAAAUGGUAGGAAGUUUAACUAGCUGGAAAUUUGAUCAAGAAGCCAUUAAGUCAAAACUAGCUAGAAUGGUCAUUAUUGAUGAACUUCCAUUUCUGUUUGUGGAAGGUGAUGGAUUCAAAAACUUCAUGUCGGCAAGUUAUAUUCAUAUGAGGUGUAUUGCUCAUAUUAUUAAUUUGGUAAUGGUGGGUGGAAUAAAUGAAAUCAAGUAUUCCCUUAAGAAGAUUCGUCAUGCGGUUCGAUUUGUGAAACAAUCUUCGGCUAGAUUGGCGAAAUUUCGAGAAUGUUGUAAUGAUGAAGGUAUUGUGAGUAAAAUCUUGUUAUGCUUAGAUGUGAGCACUAGGUGGAACUCCACUUACUUGAUGUUGAAUGUUGCACAAGUUUGA